UAAAAUAUAAAAAAACACUGGCACUCCUUCUCUCUCUGUUUACUUUGGCUCUCUCAGUUCCUUCUUUCUUUUCUAUUUUUCAAUUUUUUUAAAAUGUCCUUUGGUGCUAUUUGGGUUGUUGAGCUCUGCCGGAAAAUCGCGUAGGUAAACGAGAGAGAGAGAGAGAGAGGAACCUCCUUUGUUUUGGUGUGAGGGCAGAGCUAGGUGAAAGGCAGUUGAGCCGAGUCAAAUGUGAUGGGAAGUGGAGUCUCCACCCUCUCCUCUUGCUUCAGAUCGGCUCACCCGACCCCCGACCACAACGACGUCGUCUUCUCCGCCUCCGAGCCCUUGGACGAAACCCUAGGCCAUUCUUUCUGCUAUGUAAGGUCCUCCGCCCGCUUCCUCUCCCCCACUCAGUCGGAUCGCUUUCUUUCCCCUUCCAACUCCCUCCGGUUCUCGCCGCCGCACGAGACCCGCACCCGGCCCGGCCUCCCCGAGACCGGCUUCAAGGCCAUCUCCGGCGCCUCCGUCAGUGCCAACAGCUCCACUCCCCGGACUGUCCUCCAGCUUGACAAUAUUUACGACGAUGCCACUGAGAGUGUGAACGGUGGCUUCGGCGGCGGAGUCAGGGGCAGCAUAGUCAAUGGUUUCGAGAGUACGUCGUCGUUUAGUGCCCUGCCUCUCCAGCCCGUGCCGCGGGGAGGCGAGCCCUCGGGCCCAAUGGAGCGCGGCGGGUUCUUUCUCUCCGGUCCGAUAGAGCGUGGGGCGCUCUCCGGUCCGCUCGACUCGAACCCGCCCGGACCGGACGGCGAUGUCCACUUCUCGGCGCCGCUCGGCGGUCUUUACGCCAAGAAGAGGAGGAAGAAGGGCAUUUCCGGGAUCCGGAAGGCGUUUUACCGCAACUUCGAGAAGAAGCAACGGCCGUGGGUGGUGCCGGUGCUCAAUAAUUUCGCCGGACGGAAGGAGGGACCACCGGCGAACGGGGAGGAGCACGAGACGGCGAGGAAUAACGAGACCAAUGUCCAGUGGGCUCUCGGCAAAGCCGGGGAGGACCGGGUACAUGUGGUGGUUUCGGAGGAGCAAGGGUGGCUCUUUGUUGGGAUUUAUGAUGGGUUUAACGGCCCUGAUGCGCCGGAGUUCUUGAUGGGGAAUCUUUACCGUGCUUUUUACAAUGAGCUUCAGGGCUUGUUUUGGGAGGUUGAUGAUGAUGAGGAAGCCCAAGAAGGCAAUCAUACAAACCCACCAGAUGUUGCCCAAGAAGUUAAUGCUACUACUAGCUCACCAAACCUUGCUUCAGAGGGUGAGGCUAAAAUUGAUGGGGAAGUUUCGGAUGCUGGAAAUGGGUCGAAUUCGAAUUCUGACCCCUCGGCGGCGGGUGAUCGGACAAAGAGAGUGACAUUUCAACCGGAGGGGAGGAGGCGCCGGCUGUGGGAGUUACUCCGCGAGGCUGAGGCCGAAGAAGGGCUUGACCUUUCAGGUUCGGAGAGGUUUGCUUUUUCUGUGGAUGAUGCCCUCACUGUCAGCAAUGCUGGUUCGGCUGGCUCUGCAGAGAGUAGGAGGUGGCUUUUGUUGUCGAAAUUGAAACAGGGAUUAUCUAAGCAUAAGGAUGGCCAGGGUCCUGGUAAGAAGCUGUUUCCGUGGAGGUUUGGUUUGGAGGAUAAAGAGAAGGUUGAGGUUGAGAAUAGAGUGGAGGAGAGGUCUGCUCCGCCUGGUAGGAGAAGGAAGGAGGGUCCGGUCGAUCAUGAAUUGGUGUUGAGGGCAUUGUCAAGGGCUUUACAGGUGACGGAGCUUGCUUAUUUGGAUAUGACUGAUAAGGUCAUUGAUACAAAUCCAGAGCUUGCUUUGAUGGGGUCGUGUUUGUUGGUUGUGCUAAUGAGGGAUGAAGAUGUGUAUGUGAUGAAUGUGGGGGAUAGUAGGGCGAUUGUUGCACAUUAUGAGCCGGAGGAAGUUGGUACAAGCGUGAAAUCAGGGGGGCAGAAGGACCAUGGGUUGAGUGCUGAGGACAUAACUGAGGCAUCCUCAGCUGUGGGCGAUGAGGCUCCUACUCAACCAAUGAGAUUGGCUGCAUUGCAGCUGUCCACUGAUCACAGCACGAGCAUUGAAGAAGAAGUGAUAAGAAUCAAGAAUGAACACCCAGAUGACAAAAACUGUAUUCUCAAUGAUAGAGUGAAAGGUCGUCUUAAGGUUACCAGAGCGUUUGGGGCAGGCUUUCUGAAACAGCCCAAGUUCAAUGCUCCGCUAUUGGAAAUGUUUCGGAAUGAGUACAUUGGUACCGAACCAUACAUCUCAUGUUUGCCUUCUCUUCGCCACCACAGACUCUGCCCUAGUGAUCAGUUUUUGAUUCUUUCAUCUGACGGUCUGUAUCAGUAUCUAAGCAAUCAGGAAGUUGUUUCUCAUGUGGAGAAUUUUAUGGAGAAGUUUCCCGAGGGAGACCCUGCACAACACCUGAUAGAGGAGCUUCUUUUCCGUGCUGCAAAGAAAGCCGGAAUGGAUUUCCAUGAAUUACUGGACAUCCCUCAAGGAGAUCGCAGGAAGUAUCACGAUGAUGUUACUGUUAUGGUCAUAUCACUUGAAGGAAGAAUUUGGAAGUCAUCAGGAAAGUACCUUUGACGACAUUAUACACAAGCAAGCAAUGUUUUCUAUACAAGCUAUAUUGCAAUUUCGAAUUUCAGCUAGAGAUAGUCUGCAAGCAGUAUGGAAAGCUUUGCUGCUGACCGUAGUCCAUGGGGGUCCAUUAGGUUUUGUUUUCUGUCUCACAGCAUAAGCAUACAACUAGUAGGGGAUGGUAAUGGCGAAAGGCUGAUGUUAGAUAUCAUCAUCAAAAUAGAUGCAAGAUAUUGGGUUCAGUGAUGAAAAUGAGAAUCUGCAGAUGGAGUAGUUGGGAAAUGCUCUUUAGGGGAAAAAAAUGUUUUAUUUUUGUCCCAUUUCUUUUAGACUUAAAAGAACAAAAAAUAGAAAAUUUGCAAAUAGGUGCAGCCUCUUUCCAUUUCAUCUGUGCCUUUCUCUUUUGUAUCUUUUCCGGAGCCGAAAAUGUGUUUUGUAAAUUGGUGGGGGUACAGAAUUUACUUACUGAACUUUGAGCAUUCCCUUGUCAAUACCUGAGCAGCUGUAAUUUUGAAGGUGGGGUUUCCACCCAUUGCGGAUAUGAAGAGUUCAAAAUUUUACCAA